CUUCGCGAAGGUUCCCGAAGCGGCGGCGGCCGUUUCCGGAAGCCUUCGGCGCGGAGGGCGCCCGAGGAGCUGCUGCCGCCGCCGCCGCCGUCCCGCAGUUCCGGUGCCUGCGCCCGCCCGUUACGGCAGAAACAUGGCCCUGCUGUGCUACAACCGCGGCUGCGGCCAACGCUUCGACCCCGAGGCCAACUCGGACGAUGCUUGCACAUACCACCCUGGUGUUCCAGUAUUUCAUGAUGCACUAAAGGGUUGGUCUUGCUGUAAACGAAGAACAACGGAUUUUUCUGAUUUUUUAAGUAUUGUAGGCUGUACCAAAGGUAGGCAUAACAGUGAGAAGCCACCAGAGCCAGUCAAACCUGAAGUGAAGACUACGGAGAAGAAAGAACUGUCUGAAUUAAAACCCAAAUUUCAGGAGCACAUCAUUCAAGCUCCUAAGCCAGUAGAAGCAAUAAAAAGGCCUAGCCCAGAUGAACCAAUGACAAAUCUGGAAUUUAAAAUAUCUGCCUCCUUAAAGCAAGCACUUGACAAACUUAAGCUGUCGUCAGGGAAUGAAGACGAGAAGAAAGAAGAAGACAGUGAUGAAAUUAAGGUUGGGACCUCGUGUAAAAAUUCAGGGUGUUCAAAGACAUAUCAGGGCCUACAGAGUCUGGAAGAAGUCUGUGUGUAUCACUCUGGAGUACCUAUUUUUCAUGAAGGGAUGAAAUACUGGAGCUGUUGUAGAAGAAAAACUUCUGAUUUUAAUACAUUCUUAGCCCAGGAGGGCUGUACAACAGGCAAACACGUGUGGACUAAAAAGGAUGCUGGGAAAAAAGUGGUUCCAUGUAGACAUGACUGGCAUCAGACUGGAGGUGAAGUCACCAUUUCAGUUUAUGCUAAAAAUUCGCUUCCAGAACUUAGUCAAGUAGAAGCAAAUAGCACAUUGUUAAACGUGCACAUUGUAUUUGAAGGAGAGAAGGAAUUUCAUCAAAAUGUGAAAUUAUGGGGUGUGAUUGAUGUAAAGCGAAGUUAUGUAACUAUGACUGCCACAAAAAUCGAGAUCACCAUGAGAAAAGCUGAACCUAUGCAGUGGGCAAGCCUCGAACUGCCUGCAGCCAAAAUGCGGGAAAAACAAGAGGAUAGAACAAAAUAAUUCCGCAUUUUUUGCCUAUUUCAGAAUCCUUACUAUAUGGUGAAAUGGUAGCUUGCUGCUGUACUCUAUUUUUAUUGUGGAAUCUGGCAUUUCAGGGUCAACACUAGGUUGUUAAAAACCAAAGUCUGUUUGUCUUUUUGAGCUUCCCACUCUUUUGCUUAAGAUUGCAUAUUCAUUUUUUUUCUCUCCAGUAGAAAUACAAUUUGUCCUAUACUUGAAGAGGCUUAAAAAUAGCUCAUAGACAGUUACAGUAUUUCUUAGUACAUUAAGUAGAGAAAUGUAAAGGAAAAUUUGUUUAUUUUGCAUCUCUUCCCAUUAUCCCACAGUUAGUAAAGCAAGAUGGAAUGUAAAAUUUUUAAUUAGUAUUAAUAUUAAAUUAAUAAUUGCAUUUCUGUAAUACUUGAAAAUAUUUGAGUGGAGAGAUGGAACUCUGGAUGGUUACUCUUUUUCCUAGGAGAACUAAUUCUGAGGUAGUGUAGUAAGUAGUUAAAGGGAAUAUAGGCAUUAAUAAAUUAAAAUUGGCUUUCAACUAUGAUUUUUUAAAUUUUUUUGUUUGUGGCCUAUGACUUUAAAAAAUACAUGUUCCUCCAUGGUAGUGCACACACUUUGCAAUUGUUAGAUCCCUGUCCUAUCCCCAGCAAUUCCCUCCCCCACCCCCCAAAAAAAAACCCCUUCCAACUGUACAAUUUAAGAGUAUCGAAGUAAGGGUAUAGCGAUAGUAAAUUGUUAGAAUUUACCACUUUUGUGAGAUUAAGCAAUAAUGGUUAGCAACAUUUUUUCCUGAUUUCCGUUUCUUUGGUGUUGGUGUUAUGAGUAUAUUGUACCUGAUUUAUAACCUAUACCUUUCUGAAUUCUUUUGUUACACAUCAAGAGGAAUUGAGUGUGUGCCUGCCUGGGGGAAAAGCUAAAGUUUCAAAUGUAAGAGUAUGGGAGUAAAUUAAAGUGUCAAAAAAACUAAAUAAUUCAGCUUUGCAUUGUGGCAGCUGUGUUUUCCUUGUUGAAUAAUAUAGCUUCAUCCUUUGGAAUUUUUUAAAAGGUGUUCAUGAGACAGUGGACAAUUCUAGGUGAUGGUUUUUUGGUUAUUGUGUACUUUAUAAAAAUAUAGCUAUCACAGAAUUAGAUUAUUUAUGCUCCUUGAGCCCAUUGAAGGAUAGGUUAAUUUUUAAGUAAUGCAGUAGAGUUGUCAAAGUAAACUAAAAUUAAUGUUAUGAAACCGUAAACUCUGAUAAACCAUAUAUGUUUGGAUAUGAGUGAUGCUUAUGUAGAUUAAAAGUAUUAUUUCCCAA